UUAACAUCAAAACAAAAAAUUAGAGUCAAGGUACAAAUUCAAAGUAUAGUUGUUCCACAAGAUCCAAAAUUAUCAAGAAAGAGUUCAAAAUUUAAGUUAGCAUCGCCAUUUUGGAGUUUUAUCUUCAAUUGAUAGUGUGAUUCAAAAUUCACAUAAUAUUUACUUGACAAAAUGCAGGACAGAUCUAGCGAGUGGGUAGCUCCAGUAGAGGACACUUCAAACGUUGACAAACAAACAAUGGCAAUGGUGACUCAACCACAAACGUCCCGAGGUUACCAAAUGCCACUUAAGUCUGGUGUCUUAUUGAAGAGAAGAAUUGUAAGAGUUACUCUUCCUGGCGAUGGAAUGGGACCUUCCAUUGAAGAUGGGCAUGGUCCAUUCCUGGACCUAAAAAAGGGCAAUUUGCCUAAUCCAGAACAAAUUCAAGGAAUAAUCAGAGGUCUAAAAGAAAAGAUGUGGCUCAUCCAGGAGGAAUUACAUGGUGGCCACAUGUUGAAGUUAUCAAAACUUAAGUACAAUUUGUUACACGCAGAAUCUCCGGUUCCCGACUUGGAUGAUGCCUAA